AAUGAUAAAUAUUUAAAAAAAAAUCGAGUGCAUAUUUUGAACAUCGAGAUAAAAAAAAAUUUAUGAUUUACAACACAUUGAUGAAUCAAUUGGAAGGAAUCCAAGAAUAAUUCUCUGUGAAGGUCAAAAACAAAAUAAGAAAUUUUUAAAUGGGUGCAAUUAAAUCCAAUAAAAUUAAGAAUUCACGAUAGUUAUCUAAGAGAAAACGCAAAUAUAAUACUGAUUAUACACAGUAUAUUUGUUUAAAAAUGGUAAUAGAUCUUCAAAUAACAAAUAGUUCAAUAGGAAAAGCUAGAAAAAUAUUUCCCGACACAAAUGGUGAAGUUUCUCAUAAUGUAUAUUACCGAGAUCAGUUAGCAUUGAUAAAAGAACAUCUUUUGAAUCCUACUGAAGUAAAAUUUGAUGUCCAAGAAGAUGUUACAAAAAGAAAACGUCUCACAACUAUUUCUUCAGAAAUGUCUGAUAUGUCAGAAGAUUCAGUUUCAUCAAUAUCUACUUUUAAGGAUAAGAAAAAAAUACCUGAUGGAGGAUAUGGCUGGAUCAUUGUAUUCGCUUCACUAAUGGUUUCUCUAAUAGCAGAUGGGAUUUCAUUUUCUUUUGGAUUAUUAUAUUCAGAGCUUCUAGAUUAUUUCGAAGAAGGAACUACCAAAACCGCAUGGAUAGGAUCAUUGUUCAUGUCAAUACCAUUGAUUUCAGGACCAAUCAUGUCAAAUCUUGUUGACAAAUAUGGGUGUCGCAAAAUGACAAUGCUUGGUGGACUUUUUGGAUGUCUUGGAUUCGUGCUGUCUGCCUUUUCGAAUUCUGUUGAAAUGCUGUUCCUUACUUUCGGAAUUAUUGCUGGUCUAGGGCUUGGAGUUAUUUAUGUUACGGCUGUGGUGUCAAUUGCUUUUUGGUUUGAGUCUAAAAGGACAUUUGCAACAGGGAUUGGUGCAAGCGGAACAGGCAUUGGUACUUUUCUUUACGCACCCUUUACUCAAUGGCUAAUCAGUUAUUAUGGAUGGAGAGGAGCAACACUUAUUCUCGGUGGUACACUUUUAAACUUCUGUGUUUUUGGUGCCCUCAUGAUAGAUCCAGAGUGGCUAGUCGAAGAAAAUAAGUUGGAAGCUCGAUCACAGAGUAUGCAAACAUUUUCGAACUCAAGCAUGUGUUUAGACGAAAUUAAAAAACUAAUUGAGAUAGGUGCGCCAAAAGAAGAUCUUUUAGAAACAUUAGUUACAAACGUUAACACUGAAGCUAAUCAGCAAAUUUAUGAUCCUAAUAUUGUUCAUGCAAAAAAAUAUCAAAGUGAACUGCUGCUUCCAACAUUUAUUUCAAACAACGAUAUUGUAAAUUUUGAUGGUUUAAGAUCAAAUAGCAGACUAUCAUUAAGGCCUGAUCAAUUGAUUAGUCCCGAAACAAAUUCCGAAAAUGAACUUGUUAAAAAAUGUGAAACGACUGAGUGUGAAGUUGAUUUAAAAAGAGAAACGGAUACAAUUCAAUGUAGAAUCGCUAGUAUAGAAACAUUAAACACAUCAGAAAAAGCUUCCUCAACUGAUCUUGAUCUUAGCUCGAUAGACUUAGAAAUGAAUCAAGAUGAGCACACGCUUAUUGAUUUUGACAAUGAAAUUUAUACAAAUCAUCGAAGUGGUUUACAUGGCAGCCGUUUCUCGCUAAACGAUAACAUUUUUAAUAAUCAGUUCUAUUUUGAUGGCAUCAAAAAUAAAAUUCGGAAUAAUUCUCUAAAUAUAAUUUAUGAAAGCCAUGCGUUUCCGUUAAAUUUUUGCUCACUCGUGCAGCAUGGAAAAUUAGAAUAUAAUCUUCAUGAAAAAGACUAUCGAUUGUCAAUAAAAAAAGCAAAGCACUCGCAUAAAAAAAGAUUCUCGAUUAGCAAUACAGGAAAUGACAGAAGAAAUUCUUUAAGAUAUAGUAAUUAUUUAAAAAACAUGAGAGUUCACCGUAACUCUAUUCAUUAUCGUGGAGCAAUGUUAAGCACACAUCGGUAUCGAUUGAAGGCUUCGUCAUGCCCAAACAUUUAUAGAAAUUCGAUGACAACAAUUGCAAGGGAACAUAAUGAUGUAUGGUAUGACGAUUUUGUAGAUAUAAUAAAAUCAGUCUUUGAUUUUUCACUUUUUCUUCAAUAUAAAUUUGGGAUGAUGUCGUUAUCUACUCUUUUUCUUUUUAUUUGGUAUAUCAUACCAUACUUUUAUAUCACCGAGUAUCUUCUUAAAUUUAACUAUACUGAAGAGGCUAGCGCUUAUUUGAUAUCAGUCAUUGGAAUCUUUAAUACAUUUGGAAUGGUUUCAUUAGGAUGGAUUGGUGACCAACAAUGGUGUAAUGUAACAAAAACAUAUGCCUUUUGUCUGUUUCUAUGCGGUAUUUCUAUGUUUGCUAUACCACUUGCUACUUGGAGUUAUACCUUUCUUAUGACCCUUUGUGCAAUAUUUGGUGUAACAUUUGGAAGUUCUUUUUCGUUUACUCCAAUGAUUACAAGUAGAUUGGUUGAUAUGGAUGAUUUUACGCUGGCAUAUGGAUUAAUUUUAUUAGUACAGGGAAUUGGAUCCUUAAUUGGACCUCCUUUAUCUGGAUGGAUUUUUGAUGUCACAAAUAGAUGGGAUUAUUCAUUUUAUCUGGGUGGAAUAUUUAUAAUAAUGAGCGGAGUUUUAGCAUACGUUAUAGGACCACUUCAAGUAGAAAUUGAUGAGGAUGGAAACAGCAAUAACCAUUCGAAAGACAAUCAACAAAAAAAACCUAUAUGAAAAAAUAGGAUUUUAUUUCCUUUAGGUUUAAAAUAAUAUAUAAAUUACCUGAAACGCAACAAAAUUAGGAGCAUAAUUUUCAAAAUACCUAAAUAGCUAGUUUAAAAAUAUUAGGUAUUUAUAAAACGUUAUUUUUAAAAUCAAUCUAUUGACUCUUGAUUCUUGAAAAAUAAUGUACAAAUGAGCUCAAAUUUAAUUUAUUUCCAAACGCUUAUUAUGUAUUAAGUAAGAUCUGAAAAAAGUUUCCCAUUUGCUUUUAAUAUAAUCUCCUGUGUUACUUAAUACUUUAAUUAUUUUUAAAUAUUUAUAGAAUCAUACUAAUUUAUUCAUAUUCAAUAAGUUGCAAAUUUUAAAUUCUAAAUAUAAUUUAGCAAAACUUAUCCAAAUUUUUUUCGUGAAUUAUUAUAAAAAUGUUUUUCUUAACGUAC